AUGGCCUGUAACACCACCACCACCAAUGCUGUCUUUGAUUCAGAGACCUUUGUGAAGACUCUGACUGACAAGGCCAUCACUCUUGAGGUCAAGCUCAGUGACACCAUCAAGAAUGUCAAAGCCAAAAUCCAAGACAAGGAGGGCAUCCCUCCUGACCAGCAGCGUCUGAUAUUUGCGGGCAAACAGCUAGAGGAUGGCCGUACACUCUCAGACUACAACAUCCAGAAAGUGUGCACCCUGCAUCUGGGGCUGCGUCUGCGUGGUGGCAUCAUCGAGCCUUCCUUGAACCCCAAGAAGGUCAAAUAA